AUGGCCACCCUCCACUCCCUCAAGCGGGCUCUUAGGCGAAAGGCCACUCUGACAGUGUCAUCCCCGGAGCAGCCAUUGUCGGACGCACAGUACACCGCUGGCUUCGAUAUCUUGGUGCAAGGACCAGGGUGGAUGACCUACCAAGACUUUAUUAUCCCUCAACUUUCUCGGCUGCUAGCCCCUCUCUUCAACUCGCGUGUCAAUAUCUCGGUGCUAGAAAUCGGACCCGGCCCGAAGAGCGUAUUUGGAUAUCUGCCCAGUCAUCUGAGGGGGAAAAUCAGGAGAUACGCUGCAUUUGAGCCUAACGGCCUCUUUGCUACGACGUUGGAAAAAUGGCUGUGCUCGGCAUCAGAGACGGAGUCCCUGCUGCCCUGUUUGGAAAGUGCGCCUGAUAUCCGUCGGAUUCCAUUCGAUUUGAACACAAAGAGCACUAACACUGUUACGCCUGAUAGCUAUGAAAAGUUCGACGUCAUCCUAUUCUGCCACAGCCUAUAUGGCAUGAAGCCCAAAGCCCGGUUCAUCGAGCGCGCGCUGGGAAUGCUUGUUGAGCAGCCCAAAGGCGGAAUGGUGGUGGUUUUUCAUCGCGACGGAACCCUAAAUCUCGACGGACUAGUGUGCCAUCGAACGGCUUCUUUCCCUACCGGAGCCGUUUCCGUGGCAAAUGACGAUGAGGCAUUGGACUCCUUUGCUCCUUUUAUCGCGGGGCUCGUCAUACAGGAUAUGGAGGCGGCCAAGGCUAUCCGAGUGGAAUGGCGUAAGGUGUGCCGCGCCUUGGGGGGUCGCGAGGAAGCCCACCCAAACCAUCUCUUAUUCAGCUCACCUAGCAUGAUGGUGGCCUUCACCCACAACGCAACUAUGUUGAAGGAGCUGACAGCGCAAGUGCCAUUAUUGGAGGGAAACGAAACGGUGAAGAAUCGGGAGGCUCGCCUUCACCAUCCCGCCGCAAUUGUUAGGCCAACAGAGAUCCGACAAGUUCUACAAUGCGUGAAAUGGGCUCUGAAGCACGGGGUCAGCCUGACUGUCAUUGGCGGGGGUCACAGCGGCCACUGUCUAUAUCGCAACGUCGUUUCGGUCGAUAUGAGCGCAUUCGACCAAGUACACAUUCUGACUGUCGAGGAUGGUGAGCCCUUAGUUAUCGCCGAGGCUGGCUGUAAGACGGGGGAUAUUGUCAACAAGACUAUGGCGGCGGGCGUGACAGUGCCCUUAGGGGCCCGCCCAAGCGUAGGCGCGGGACUAUGGCUACAAGGUGGCAUCGGGCAUCUGGCUCGGAUGUACGGGCUCGCGUGUGACUCUAUCGUCGGUGCCGUGAUAGUCAGCGUCGACUCUAGCCAGGCUCUAUGCAUCGGCCGAGUGCCAAGUCAACACUGGCCGGUCGGUGCCGUGCGCCCAGAAAACGAAACCGAACUGUUAUGGGCGGUUAAAGGCGCUGGGACCAACUUUGGCAUCGUAAUCAGCGUCACUUUCGAGGCUUGCGCGGCUCCAAUCUUCUCGACUCGAAACUGGGUUAUCCCGCUGAGUGACAACCUAGUGGCGCAGCGCAGAAUUCGCGAUUUUGAUAACUUCGUCGCCAGGGAGCUCCCCCAGAACUGUUCUGUAGAUGCGUAUCUGUAUUGGGACAUUGGCCAGCUGCAUCUUGGAUUGACCAUGUUUGAAUCUUCCACGACUGGCGUCACCUCCGAAACACUCAUGUCCUCGCCUACGCCCGUAGAAGCAAUUUUCGGGCCGGAAGACAAUUUUCAGGUCGUCGAUGGCGUCGGCUUAUUCGAGGCCGAGAUGUACAUGUCCGGAAUGCACGGCGGGCACGGCAACAACAAGACCUCAUCAUUCAAGCGAUGCUUAUUCUUAAAGCACAUCGGAGCAUUGAACAUCGCCAAAAUCCUAGUGUCAGCCGUUGAGACUCGUCCCUCGCCACUUUCCUAUCUCCAUCUCCUACAAGGUGGCGGGGCUAUCGGUGAUAUGCCGGCCGAUGCAACUGCUUUCGGUUGUCGAGACUGGGACUUUGCCUGCGUGGUAACUGGCGUCUGGCCGCGCGACCAAGAUGGAACCGAAGUCGCUCGAGCUGCCGUGCGGUGGGUGUACAACGUCGCGAGCGACUUGUUGCCCGUGAGCAGCGGAGUUUAUGGAGCAGACCUUGGCCCAGACCCUAGAGACACAGUACUCGCGGCUAAGGCGUUUGGCCCGAACCUGCCACGUCUGGUUCGCCUCAAGCACAGCUCGGACCCGCAUGAUGUGCUGGCUUACGCCUGCCCGCUCCAGAAAGCGCCGACGCCGACAGAACAGAGACUUAUUAUUCUUGUCACGGGCGCAUGCGGCGCCGGCAAGGACUAUUGCGCCGACACUUGGGUCUCUGCAUUCCUUGAAUACACCCAUAAAAGCCUGGUGGUGCGCGCAGCUAGCAUUAGCGAUGCAACCAAGCGAGAAUACGCGGCAGUUAGCGGUGCUGACUUGGACUGCCUGCUACGGGACCGUGCCUACAAAGAGCAACACCGGCCAGCAUUAACGGCGUUCUUCCAGAGACAGGUUCGGCGUCGACCUCGUCUACCAGAAGAACAUUUUCUAAAUGUGGUAUCCGGCGCCGGAGACGUCGAUGUGCUGCUAAUCACCGGGAUAAGAGAUGAGGCGCCAGUCGCAGUCUUCGCGCAUUUAGUGCCAGACAGCCGACUGCUCGAUAUUCGCGUCGAAGCUAGCCAAAAGACACGGCGCGGUCGCCGAGGCUGCCCUAGCGAUAACGCCGAUGGUGACGACGAGGAGGAUAAUGAUAACGGCAGGCCAAAACUAGAGGCCUUGGACUAUCGCCCCAGUCUCAUCUUCAAUAAUGACGUGACCGGAAACGAUGCGGUAAGAAGAUUUGCCAAAGACUAUCUGCUUCCCUUCUUCGAUGAGGACCUCCAGCGACUCGCCAACAUGGUGCGCCCGGUACCCGACUUUCCACGCCCGGGUGUCAUAUUCCGCCAUGUGCUCAACAUCUCCCAGCAGCCGGGUGGGCUAUCACUAUGCACAUCUCUACUACAGAGUCAUUUCACCGGUGACUGGGCUAAAGUCGAUAUGAUAGCGAGUUGCGAGACUGGCGGUUUUAUCUAUGCGUCGGCAUUGGCCUCACGGGUUGAUGUACCUUUGGCGUUGAUUCGCGAAGCCGGGAAACUGCCUCCACCCACAGUUUCAGUCCUUAAGAGUACAUCCCACAUAUCUUCAAUAUCCGAUUCAAAAGAGAAUAAGAUCGAGAUAGAACGCGAUAUGAUCCCUAGAGGCGCGUCGGUGAUGGUUGUAGACGAUGUGCUCGCCACCGGGAAUACACUUUGUGCCGUGCUACAGCUUUUGGGUGAAGUUGGCAUUGCUGAUAUCAGCGUCAUGGUCGUGGCCGAGUUCCCUGUUCAUCGCGGCCGGGAAUUGUUGUGCCAGCGUGGGUUUGGCGUCAAUGUUCAAAGUCUUUUGGUCUUUGAUGGUGCCUAG